CGAAGCAACCCCGUGGUUCCUCCUGUGUGACGCACGGAGCCCAGCCAGUGAGCUCAGUUCAGUUUAGCUCAACGCAGCUCAGAACCGUCCGUCUAGAGCAACAUGCAGGAUGGCGAGCGUGGAGACAGCCGCCGAACACGAACGUAUACUACGAGAAAUCGAGAGCACAGACACUAACUGUAUCGGUCCGACGCUGCGGUCGGUGUAUGACGGUCAGGAACAUGGCCUGUUCAUGGAAAAGCUCGACGUGCGGAUCAGGAACCAUGACCGAGAGAUCGAGAAGAUGUGUAACCAUCACUUCCAGGGGUUUGUCGACUCCAUCACAGAGCUGCUCAAAGUACGAGGGGAGGCGCAGAAACUGAAGUGUCAGGUGAUUGAAACCAACAGGCGUCUUCAGGAUGAUGGUAAAGAGCUCAUCAGUUCGAUGGAGGAGCUGCAAAAAUGUCGAUUGCAACAGAGAAACAUUGCUACCACCAUAGACAAACUAAGCCACUGCCUUCCAGUUCUGGAGAUGUACAGGAGACUCCAGGAGCAAAUGAGGACCAAAAGAUACUACCCUGCGUUGCGGACGUUGGAGCAGCUGGAACAGACAUGUCUUCCCAAGGCAGGGCAGUACCGGUUCUGCUCCAUCAUGGCAGAAAACAUCCCCAAACUGAGGAUACAGAUCAGGGACACGGCCAUGUCGCAGCUGAGAGACUUCCUGGAGAGCAUUCGCAAACACUCGGACAAAAUAGGAGAGACUGCUAUCAAACAGGCCCAGCUCCAGCGCUCCUUGGACAGCUCCGUUUCCAUGCAGCCGCAAGCCAUGAUUGGCCGGCGCAACAGAAAGGAGGCGAUGGCGGCGGUGGCAGUGACGGGGACGGACAGCGACAGACAGGGUGGCAGUCCGGUGUCAGAACAAGACUCUGGCAUUUUGGAUGUUGAGGAUGAAGAGGAUGAUGAAGUCCCUGGGGCUCAGGACUUGGUGGAUUUCUCUCCAGUGUACCGGUGUCUGCACAUCUACACUGUGCUGGGUUUGCGUGAUGUGUUUGAGAACUACUACAGAAAGCAGAGGAGGAAACAGGCUCGCCUUGUUCUGCAGCCCCACUCUAACAUGCAUGAAACCCUGGAGGGAUACAGACGGUACUUCAAUCAGAUUGUUGGCUUUUUUGUUGUUGAAGAUCACGUCCUCCACACCACACGGGGUUUGGUCAACAGAGCUUACGUGGAGGAGCUUUGGGAGCUGGCGCUGUCCAAAAUCAUCGCUGCCCUGAGGACUCACUCCUCGUACUGUGACGACCCCAACCUGGUGCUGGAUCUGAAGAACCUCAUUGUCCUGUUUGCCGAUACGCUGCAGGGUUAUGGUUUCCCAGUGUCUCAGCUUUUCGACAUGUUGCUGGAGAUGAGGGAGCAGUAUGGAGAAAUCCUGCUCAAGAAAUGGAAUAUCACCUUCAGGCAGGUGUUGGACCAGGACAACUAUAGUCCAAUCCCAGUCUCAACAGAGCAGGAAUACCGACAUUACACUUCCCAGUUUCCCUUGCAAGACCCCGAACUGGACAAGCUUCCCUUCCCCAAGAAGCUUCCCUUCUCUGAGUUUGUGCCAAAAGUCUAUUGCCAGCUGAAAGAGUUCAUCUAUGCUUGCCUGAAAUACUCCGAGGACCUGCAUCUGAGCUCCACGGAGGUCGAUGAUAUGAUCCGCAAGUCGACAAAUCUGUUGCUGACCAGAACCCUCAGCCACUGUCUGCAGUACGCCAUUAAGAAGAAGAAUGUCGGGUUGGCAGAGUUGGUGCAGGUGAUUAUUAACACCACCCACCUGGAGCAGAGCUGCCACUUCUUAGAAGAGUUUAUAUCAAACAUAACCAACGUUCCUCCAGACACAGCAAAUGCUACCAAACUGUACGGGACUUCCACCUUUAAGGAUGCUCGUCAUGCAGCCGAGGCGGAGAUCUACACCAGCCUGAACGCCAAGAUCGACCAGUUCCUGCAGCUGGCUGAUUACAACUGGCUGGCUGCACCGCAGGGAGGCGAGAAUUUGAGCGCCAGCGACUACCUGGUCGAUCUGAUCACUUUCCUAGGAAGCACCUUCAGUGUCUUCACCAAUCUGCCUGGUAAAGUUGCCCAGACGGCCUGCAUGUCUGCAUGCAAACACAUCGCCACCUCCCUGAUGCAGCUGCUGCUCGACCCGGAGGUCCGACAGAUCUCCAUGGGAGCUCUGCACCAGCUCAACACCGACGUCAAGGAGUGCGAGAGUUUUGCCAGAGCCAGCCCGGUCGCAGGCUUCCAGGGUGACACGUUGCUUCUGGCCUUCAGUGACUUGAGACAAUUACUGGAACUGUUCACCCAGUGGGACUGGUCCACCUACCUUGCUGAUUACGGCAAACCCACCUGCAAAUACCUGAGAGUCAACCCACACACUGCACUGGCCCUUCUGGAGAAGAUGAAGGAGACAAGCAGGAAGAACAACGUCUUCGCCCAGUUCAGGAAGAUGGACAGAGACAGGCAGAAACUCAUCGACACUGUUAUCAAACAGCUUCGCAACCUCAUCGCGCAGCACCAUACCUAAAGUGUGCCACGUCAUUGGUCAUAGAGCCUGAAGCCACCAUCCAGCCUGUAGCCUACUGGCUACUUCCUGGCUGGGGUCAAGCCUUAAAAAAGUAAAAAAAAAAAAAAAAAAAAAAAAAAAAGCCCUGAAACUGUCUGUUGUCUACUGGACAUCCACUCCAAAAGAAGCUGUUACAGAUCCUACUAUAAUCUUAACAUUUAGAUCCAGCUAACUGGAUCCUAGUGUAUCCGGCUUUCCGUAAUUAGCUCCCAACUAGCCUGAUGUCACCUCCGUAUUACCAGCUGUUGAAUAGGAUCCUUCAGAUACCGUUUACUCUCGUAUGCCCUGCUGUUUUAUGAUGUAACUGAGCCCUUUUUGUUAGAUAGAAAACAGCUAUUGGUGAGCCAAUUUAAAGAUUGUCUCCUUCACCGUGAGAGCACAGGAAGAUCUGAAUGUACGAUUUUGGUAGGGAU